AUGUCUGGGAGGUUUAAGGGUUCCAAUGCUGCUAGAUUUGUGAGAAAUUCUGCUUUUACGCAGUCCAAUACUUACGGAUUGACGGCAGGGCAGCUGCUUCAAGCUAAAAAGGUUGAUGAGAUAGAUUCCGUUAUGGGAUUUGAUAGGUAUAUCACCCCACAUCAAAGUGGUGGUGCUGAUAGUAAGAGCCACAGAAUUGGUUGGCUGUGUAAUAUGCAUCCUACUACAGUUGCGGACGAUUUUGAGGAGGGCGCUUCUGGUGUGGGCAUUAGUGGUGUGGAUUACUACUUUCUUGAUGAGGAAGGUGGUUCUUUUAAGACAACAGUUACAUACGACCCUUAUUUCCUAGUUGGUUGCAGAGAUGAGCGACGUAUACAUGAUCUUGAGGAGUUUUUAAAGAAGUUUUUGGAGUCAUUUGUGAAAACUGUAACGGUUGUACAGAAGGAUGAUCUGAGCAUGGAUAACCACCUGGUUGGGCUGCGGAAGACAUUGCUGAAAUUGAGCUUCGUAAAUACGAAUAAUUUGUUUGAGGCCAGGAAGCUUCUGCGACCAAUACUUCAGGAAAAUGAAGAUAGCAAGCUGAGGCGUGACAUAUACAGUUCCGGGGGUGAUUCUUCAAAUGUAGAUACGAAGUUCCUGAUAGAAGAUAUUCGAGAGUAUGAUGUUCCAUUCCAUGUGCGUGUUUCAAUUGAUAAGAAUAUACGGGUGGGAAGAUGGUAUAAGGUUACUUCUGGAGGACUAAUUGAGUUCAAGGACAAGGUUGCGUUUGCAGACCCGGUAGUGCUCGCGUUCGACAUUGAGACUACAAAAGCGCCAUUAAAGUUUCCUGAUGCUGCCAUUGACCAGAUUAUGAUGAUUUCCUAUAUGAUUGAUGGAGAAGGUUUUCUAAUAACGAACCGAGAAAUUAUCUCUGAGGACAUUGAUGAUUUUGAAUAUACUCCGAAGCCGGAAUACCCUGGUCAGUUUACAAUUUUCAAUGAACCAGAUGAACUGGGGCUGUUGAAAUGCUUUUUUCAGCAUAUAAGGGAUGUACAACCAACCGUCAUUUCUACUUUUAACGGUGACUUCUUCGACUGGCCUUUUGUCGAUAACAGAAGUAAAAUUCACGGACUAGAUCUAUUUGAUGAGAUUGGAUUUGCACCAGAUUCUGAAGGAGAAUAUAAGUCAAGCUACUGUACCCACAUGGACUGCUACAGAUGGGUGAAAAGAGAUUCAUACUUACCGCAGGGUUCGCAGGGUUUAAAAGCGGUUACGCAAGCGAAGCUCGGUUACAAUCCAAUUGAAUUAGAUCCAGAGCUAAUGACCCCAUAUGCAUAUGAAAGACCUCAACAUCUAUCUGAGUAUUCUGUUUCUGAUGCAGUAGCAACGUAUUAUCUGUAUAUGAACUAUGUGCACCCUUUCAUUUUCUCUCUAUGUACUAUCAUUCCAUUAAAUCCAGAUGAGGUUUUGAGAAAGGGUACCGGUACCCUAUGUGAAAUGCUUCUAAUGGUUCAAGCAUAUGAAAAGGGUAUACUGCUGCCUAAUAAAUACUCUGAUCCAAUUGAGCGUUUUUAUGAUGGCCAUCUUUUGAUUUCAGAGACCUAUGUUGGUGGACACGUUGAAUCUUUAGAAGCUGGAGUAUUUAGAAGUGACAUUUCAACUCAUUUCAAAGUUGAUCCUUCAGUUAUAGAUGAGCUGCUUGAGGAGCUGCCGCAUGCAUUACGUUUUUGUGUUGAGGUUGAGAAUAAAACAAACAUGGAGGAUGUAACUGAUUUUGAGCUCAUCAAACAGCAAAUUACCGAUACACUUCUAGAACUAAAAAAGAAUAACAAAAGGGAUGAACGUCCACUUAUUUACCACGUGGAUGUUGCUUCUAUGUAUCCAAAUAUCAUGACAACAAACAGGUUACAACCAGACAGUAUAAAGUUAGAGCGUGAUUGUGCAAGUUGUGAUUUUAAUCGACCAGGUAAGACAUGCGAUAGAAGAUUAACAUGGGCAUGGAGAGGUGAGUUUCUUCCUGCAAAAAUGGAUGAGUACGGUAUGGUAAAACGAGCUCUACAAAAUGAGUACUUUCCUGCAAGAAAUAAGAACUCUUCUCAAAAGGUUUUGACAUUUGACGAAUUAAGUUAUUCCGAACAAGUUGGACAUUUAAAGAAAAGAUUAACAGAUUACUCUAAAAAGGUUUAUCAUAGAGUUAAAGUGACCGAAACUGUGGAACGUGAGGCGAUUGUUUGUCAGCGAGAGAACCCAUUUUACGUCAAUACAGUUAGAUCAUUUAGGGAUAGAAGAUAUGAGUUCAAGGGAUUAGCCUCAACUUGGAAAAAGAAGUUACAAAAGAUUAAUGCGGAUGAUAGGCAGGAAUAUGAUGAUGCUAAGAAGAUGAUUGUGCUAUACGAUUCUUUGCAAUUGGCUCAUAAAGUUAUUUUAAAUUCUUUUUAUGGAUACGCCAUGAGAAAGGGUUCGAGGUGGUAUUCAAUGGAAAUGGCUGGUAUUACCUGUUUAACGGGUGCUAAAAUUAUUCAAAUGGCUCGAUCUGUUGUUGAAAGAGUUGGAAGGCCCUUGGAAUUGGACACGGAUGGUAUUUGGUGUAUUAUUCCUAGUUCUUUUCCAGAAAAUUACGAAUUCACCUUAAAAAACGGCAAAAAAUUGUAUCUUUCAUAUCCAUGUUCUAUGUUGAAUUACAAGGUGCAUCAAAAGUUCACGAAUGAUCAAUAUCAAGAACUUAUUGACGAUGUCAAGCAUAAAUACAAAACUAUUAAUGAUAACUCCAUUUUCUUCGAAGUUGAUGGUCCAUAUAAAGCAAUGAUUCUACCAACUUCGAAGGAAGAAGGUAAAGGUAUUAAGAAGAGGUAUGCUGUUUUUAAUGAAGAUGGUACACUGGCAGAGUUAAAGGGAUUUGAGUUAAAGAGACGUGGUGAGUUACAAUUAAUCAAAAACUUUCAGCAAGAUAUUUUUAAGGUCUUUCUAGAUGGCGAUUCGUUACAAAGCUGUUAUUUGGCGGUUGCCGCAGUCGCUAAUAGAUGGCUAGAUGUUUUGGAUACUAAGGGAGCCAUGUUAGAGACUGAAGAUUUAAUUAGUUUAAUUUGUGAAAACAAGAGUAUGUCUAAGACACUAAAGGAAUAUGAAGGACAGAAAUCGACAUCAAUUACUACUGCUCGUAGAUUGGGUGAAUUUUUGGGAGAAGAAAUGGUAAAGGAUGCCGGUCUACAGUGUAAAUUCAUUAUUAGUUCUAAACCUGCCAAUGCGCCGGUCACGGAAAGAGCAAUUCCGGUUGCCAUAUUUUCUGCAGAAUUGAGCGUUAAAAAGUCAUUCUUAAGGAAAUGGCUGGUUGAUUCCUCACUUGAAAACUUUGAUCCAAGAGAUAUUAUUGACUGGGCUUAUUAUAGAGAAAGAUUGGCAUCAGUUAUUCAGAAAAUUAUUACUAUUCCAGCUGCUCUACAAAAUAUCCCGAACCCUGUGCCAAGGGUAGAACAUCCAGACUGGCUUAAAAAAAAGAUUGCAACUAGUGAGGCAAAAUUGAAGCAAACCUCCAUUGGUAAGUUUUUCAAGAAGAGUGAGAAAGCUAUUGAAGUUGAAAUUGAGAAUGCAGCUUUUGCAGUUGAUAACGCUACUGAUGUUAAAAUUGCAAAAGUGAAAUCCAUUAAAAGGAAAAGAAGGCAGCUAAAAAAUACUGCUGAUGAAGAGUUAACACUUCCAGCAGAAAUGCCAUCGAUGGAUGAGGACUAUGUGGCUUGGUUAGAAUAUCAGAAAAUUAAAUGGAAGAUACAAGCUAAAGAAAGGCAACGUAGAGCGCAACUUUUUGGGGUGGAUAAUGUUUCGAAUCACAGUACAGUAUUAGGGAAUAUUAUGAGAAAACAUGCAGAGUCAUAUGCUAACUCAACAUGGCAGAUAUUGCAGUAUAAAAACUCCAGUGAACCAGGAGUAGUUGAUAUAUAUGCAUUAAUUCAUGAAAAAGUCCAAAUUGUCAAAGUACAUGUUCCGAAAACCAUAUAUGUCAACUAUAAAACUAAUAAUCUUCCACCAGGAAGCAUCAGGAACUGUAAGAUUGAGAAAAGCCAUGCAAUUCCUCCUAAUAAUCCUAGUAUUAAUAGAUACGACAAGAGCUCACUGUUCAAGUUAACUCUUCCAGAGAUGGUUUACUUAGAUGAAGUGAAAAAAACCUCAAGUAUCCUUAAUAAUACUUCUGUUUUAGGAAUAUAUGAGAGUUCUAUCCCAGCUAGUGAAAGAAUUUUGAUGGAAUUAGGAACUUGUGUUGGAUUUGAUUCAAAUCUAAUGGGGGCACUGACUAAAGGUUUGCAGAAUGGUUUCAGUUUGAAAGAUCUUCGUAAGUGUGACUCUGAAAGGUAUCUAGAAGGCUUUCCGCUGGAGAUCUCUUACUUUCUACAUCUGACGACAAAUAUUGGAUAUGAAUUUUUCACAAUAUUUAGAAGUUGGAGCGAUUCUGUUGAGAUAUUUGUAUUAAAACCAUCGAAUGCUGCUCAAGAACUUUCUGUAUCGGGGAUCGAAAGUUUAUAUAAGGCACAAUUUGAAAAGAAAAAGAAGGCUAUCGAUAAAUAUUACGAUUACCUCAAACCAAAUCCAGGACUAAUAUUCUCGUUCCAGUAUUUCACUGAUAUUCACAAACUUUACAAGACCCUAGGAAAGGAAUUCUCAGUAAUUAAUGAAGAAAAAGGUUUCCAGAAGAUAUUAUUACUACAAUCUCCCUAUGCUAAAAAGCUAUACAAGACUAUUCGCGGUUUGCAAGAAAUUCCAAUAGUUGAAAUCUCUAUUGGAGAGAUAACUUUACCGACCUUGAAUUGGCAGGGGACAUUAACGAGAAAGAUUGUUAGUCAUUUAUUAAGUCUAGGAUCAUGGGCUGCUCACUUAGUUGCGUUAUCAACUUAUACCAACAUACCAAUCUGCAAUUUAAAACUUGAAAAUCCAGGGUAUUCGAUUGAUAUUCUAUAUGCAAGGAAACUCACAAAAAACAAUACCAUCUUAUGGUGGAACGAAAAUCAACCAUUACCCGAUCAUGGGGGUGUUCAAAAUGACUAUGAUCCAAACAAAAUUGCUUUGAGCAUGGAUUUAGAAUCUCCUGUUGUUAACAAUCCAGAAAUCUACGAUAAUGCUGUUUUGGAAAUUGAACUCAAUAACUUGACAGUUAAUACGGUUUUAACUUCUGCUCUAAUUUAUGAGGCAGAGGGCACUGAUUUAGCGACUGUUGAACAUGAAGGUGAUUCAAGGGAAAAUGGGUCGAAUUUUGUUGAAGAUGCAUUUUCAGGAUCAUCUUUAAGCGUGUUGCGUUCAAUGUUAAAGAGCCUAUGGGAUGACGCGCUAGAGAAUAAUAUAAGUGCUGACUCCCUUUUGCACUCUUUUAUCAGCUGGGUUCAGUCUGAAAACUCUCGAUUAUUUGACUACACUUUAAGAUACCAUGUUCAUACACUUACAAAGAAAGCUCUACUUCAACUAAUUAAUGAAUUUAGAUCCAUGGGCUCAAGCGUGGUUUACGCUGAUAGAAACAAACUGCUAUUAAAGACUAACAAGCACAAUGUGGACAAUUCAUAUGCAUACGGGCAAUACCUCAUAAAAGCUGUUAGGGCAAAACCACUUUUUAGUUACAUUGACUUAAACAUUUUACGGUACUGGGAUAUUUUAAUAUGGAUGGAUAAGUAUAAUUACGGUGGGUGCAGCUGUUUAGAGAUUCAAGAAAAGGAAAAGCAGGAUCUGCAAGCAUACUCCAGUUGGCAUAUAAGAGAAUUUCUGGCUCCAAUUUAUCAGAUGGAAUUUGAUGACUGGUUCCUUAUCAUUCUGGAUAGUAUGAUGAAGACAAAAAUUCAGUUCUACGAAUUGAAUGAAACUCAAAGGCUAACCCAGCUUCCAGUGCAUGAAAAUCAUUCAGAUGAUACCACAGUAACUCAUUCUAUUUCUGGAUUCACGAAUAGGUUUUUCCAGCCUCUAGUGAAGCGAAUCCAGAAAUUAUGGCAUAACCAACAAGAAUUCAUCUUAGAUUCAAACUUCGCUCGAGACUAUGCUAUCCCUCACUUACCCGGAAGUUACUUACAACCAAGCAACCCUCUGCUAGAGUUAGUGAAAUAUUUGUCUCAUAUUUUGCUUCUUUCAAAGGAAAGAACUCUGGAGGUGAGGACUCUGAGGAAAGAGUUACUUGCCGUUUUUGAACUCGGGGAAUUCGAUACAAUUGCGGAAUUUAAAAACCCUAGCUCCUCUUUGAUCAUAAACAACUUUUUAUGUGAACAUUGUGCUCAUUUCAAGGAUUUGGAUGUCUGUAUGGAAUCGGAACGGUCUUUAUUCAAGUGUGAAAAAUGUGGAAAAGACAUUAACAAGGCCCUGAUUGAAGAAACCCUGCUUCAGAAAAUGGAAGUAUAUUUAAGCACAUAUCUAGCCCAAGAUCUAAGCUGUUCUAAAUGUAAACGCGUGAAGAUGGACACUAUGUCUGAGUACUGUCCAUGUUCAGGCAGCUGGGAACUGACGAUCUCAAAUGAGUGCUAUGCCAGGGAAAUUGAAACUCUCCAUAAUGUUGCAACCUACUAUGGUUUUGAGAUCCUUCGUGAGGCCCUUGCAGAAGCAUUUUAA